CCGCCCGCUGCAAGUGUCCAUAUUCCAGAAUAUUCAGACGAAGCUGCCCCGCACAAGUCACCCUGGACUCGGAGAUUCACCGGGCCUUCUCAGCCAACGCUUGCGCGCGCCAAGUCCUUCAAUUUCCCAUACCCCUGCUGGUUUAAUAUAGGGCAGUGGCUCCACCGCAGGGUAUCUAACCAGCAUCGGCAUUGUUAGCCGUUGAGGAGACGACGAUCUUCCCCAGAUUGCACCGUCAGUCGUGCCGAUCUUGGGCCGGUCUAUGCGCAGGGGAGAUUCUGGCCAUGCAGGGUGGGGAGCGGGGGAACAGUACGGACUAUGGUAUUUGUCCGCCCCCUGUCAGUCGGGUGAGCGAUUUCCGGCGUCACAUACUCGCUUCUGUUUUCUAGAAGAGGGGGAGAAGGGGUGCUCCUGACGAUCUAUAAAAGGAUGGACGUUUCUGCAGUGGCUUCAGAGGAUCACCAAGCUCUCGAUCUUUACCUGUUCCUGACUGAUACUAUCUUUCAAGCCUCCUGUCACGGUAUUCCUACUACUAUUACUAUUCGUUAGAUCAUCCAUUGCAGGAUUCAAGAUGAGAGCCGCCACCGCAGCUUCCGUGCUCACUCUGGUGACCUCUGUCGCCGGCCACGGGUACUUGUGGUCCCCGGAGAGCCGAACCCGUCAGGGCUUCGAGGCCGGCAAAGACUCAUGCCCCGAAUGCACCAUCCUCGAGCCCGUCGAUGCCUGGCCGACCCUAGACGGCGCCGAGGUCGGCCGCAUGGGACCCUGCGGGUUCAACCAGCGUGACGGUCUUGACUACAACAAGCCGACGGCGGACUGGGGUGGAAAGCCCGUGAAGACGUACAAGCCGGGCGAGGAGAUCGAAGUGGUGUGGUGCCUGGACAACAACGGCGACCACGGCGGCAUGUUCACCUACCGUGUCUGCCAGGACCAGAAGAUCGUCGACAAGCUCCUGAAGGCGGACUACACGCCGACCGAGGCGGAGAAGCAGGAGGCCGAGGACUGCUUCCAGAAGGGUGUCCUGAAGUGCGGCGACGUCGAAGGCCAGGAGUGCCCCGCCAGCGACGACUGCCAGGAAGACAGCUGCAAGAACACGGACUGGUUCACCUGCGAAAGCUUUGAUGGCGCCGGGUGCCAUGGUGUCGACAAUUCUGAGCCCGGCUCCUGCAAGACCACCAUCUCCGAAGGCUACACCGUUACCAAGAAGAUCAAGCUCCCCGAGUACAAGUCGGAGCAUACCUUGCUCUCGUUCAAGUGGAACUCCUUCCAGACGCCUCAAAUCUACCUGAACUGCGCGGAUAUUGCCAUCCAGUAAGGGGCUGGACAGUGCUUAGACGGUGGAUUGUUGGUAGUGUCUGGGAGGGGAUGCGCCUGAUUGUUGAGUUGAGUCUUUGACAGACAUUUGGGAAGAUGCUUUACUGUGAUUUAUGUGUAUAAAGACUUUCGUUUCUCGAUGCUUUCACCUUCGUUGUGUCGCACGUUCUUGUCACGAAACGGUACGGAUAUGGAUAGGACAGGCUUUUUGUCCAGCAUCCCCUGUUUUCUGUGCAAGGUUGCAC